AUGGACUCUCUAAACCGCAUCAUCAGCCCUGACCCAGAACCCUCCAACAAACGACCCAACAAUGAUACCGCCGAGAAGCCCAAGCCCAAGAAGCAUCGCCGCGGCCGCCAUGAGCCAGAGCCAGACUGGUCUGCCCAGAUGCGCGAGAAGGUUGCCAAAUCUUCAAACCGAGUCGGGCACGCUUGUGAUCGUUGCAAGCUCAAGAAAAUGAGGUGCACACCCGACGUGAAUGGCUGUGGCUGCUGCAUCGUCCUCAACCUUCCCUGCAAAGUUACGGACCGUGUUACCGGUGAGACCUUCGUACGUGGCGCUGCCGGGAAGAUGUACCAGGAGAUCGACAAGCUACAACAAGAGAGUAUCGAUCAGAAGAUGCAGAUUGCGAUUUGGCAGCAUAAAUGUGCGCUGCUUGAGCAGAUGGUGGAAAAUCUUCAAGAACGUACGAACACCCCUGUCAGUGAUGACUUCGGUACCUUCGAGGUAGGCUACAUUUGA